GGAACAUUGAUAAGAUAGAGGUUGUCCCGCCUUAUCUUCUAAGACCGUGGUAUAUCAUAUCAUCUGUUGUCAUUUGAACUUUUGUUGGACCUUUAUCAUAUUCGAACAAGUAUCCCUGUCCCGCGUAUAUAUAGGUAUUUAUAUGAAAUAAAAAAACAAUAUGUUUAUACGCCAAAAGUCAAAACAGCAGCGACUCAUUGAAAAUUAUGAUAUACUUAUUAUGAAAAGAAAAUACUAAUACAUUUUAAAAACGACCAUCGAUAUUGUAGGUAAUUCUAAAUCUUAAUACCUAUACAAUGAUGGCCAAAGAGUGAUAGUCCACCGACAACAAUGAGUAAGUACUUACGCCUAUAGUAUUUUUUUUUAUUUUUUGAUAUUCAUUUUACUGCAAACACAAAAUAUAUGUCAUGUUUUAAUACAGGUUUAUGCUGUAGGUUUAUCAGCCGCUCGAUAUGUGUUUCGAACAAUGUUUUCUGGAAAACCAGUUGCCUCAUCUAUAAAUGUUCUAACAUUUACUGCUUCGCAGUACCAUAAGGUUCAACUGAAAUGUUUUAAAUUAAACUUUGCCACAGUACCCAGAAAAACAUCAAGGUUCUUUGUCUUGAACCGCCAUGUACACGUUACUGCUGUAUUGACAAUGUCAAAAAACUAUUACGAUAUUCUUGGUGUUUCAAGAAAUGCUAAUCAAAAGCAAAUCAAAGAAGCCUAUUACAAACUGGCUAUGGAAUACCAUCCGGACAAAAACCAAGGAAAACUUACUCAGAAAUUUAGAGACAUUAAGGAAGCAUAUGAUGUAUUAAGUAAUGAGUCUAGUCGAAUGAAAUACAAUAAUAGUGAGUAUUUAUUGAAUAUUUUACAUUUUAAAUAUUUUAUUCCCGUUAGUUUUUAUAUCAUUUCAAUCUUAAUAUCAAUUUUUAUGCUAUGAUUAAUUUAAUAUUUUAAUCCAUUUCAAAAUAAAUAUUAAACUUUGUGCCAAUGUUACUAUUAUAUAUUUUACUAAUUCCAUACGCGGUUAUAUACUUAACACUUUUAUGUAUUUUACAGAGUUUUGUUUUAUUGGUAAUUUUAACUAGUACAAUGUAAAAAAACCUACCUUUAUUAAAAUUUAUAAAAAUUAUUACAUUUAUAAUUUUAUAAAACACUUGGUGAAAAAUAUCAAACUAAUUUGAUUUUUUCUUGUAUAUUUUCAUAUUAACAAUAUAUUCAACUGUUUUUAAUGUUUAGACUAUUGAUAUGAUUUUAUAAACUAUUAUUAUCCAUUUUGUAUGCUUCAUUAAUUCCUAAGUAUAAAAGGUCAACAAGGCCUCACAUAUACAUUUCAAAGGUAAUGAUUGAAAACUACAUUCUUUUUUUAGGUUCUUCUUUUAAUAAUACUGGUACAUCAGAUAACUGGUCUUCAAGUUCUUUUUAUGACCGCUAUAAGUCACCGCCGUACGAAGAAUACAGACGGACAAACAGCAAAACUGAACGUCAACGAUCCUAUAAUAGACAUUCUUAUAAUAAUUAUAGUCAUCUCAAACCGUUUAAUGUGUUUAUAAAUGUUAUUAAAGUACCCAACAAUAUUAUAAAAACUCAAUUAGAUAUAUUGUUAUUGACAUUCAUCAAAAAUAGAAUAUUAAAAAUGAUAUUGCUUACACUAUUUCAAUACUUAUGGAAACAAGUAUUAAAGAAUUUAAAUUGUAAUGUAUUAUUAUCGUCGACACAAACUAGUUCUUUGGUAGAAUUUGUUAAAAACUUAUUGCUGAGCCAUACAAUUAGAAUCGAACUAACUGAACUGGAAGCAGUACGAGGAAAAGCCAUAAGGGUGCAAGUUGAUAAGAAUGAGAAGGUUCUGGUGGUCAACUUACCUGGAGGAGUAAAAAAGGACCAAUCAUUCUAUUUGUUCUACCUUAUAGACGAUAAUAGUAACAGUACUAAAUUUAAUUAAGUCAAAUCAUUGUUAUUAUUUUUUGUUUGUUAAUAUUCUAAUUAAUUUGUUUUACAAAAAUAUGUUAUGUCUGGUUUGUAACUUUUCAAAUAAUGAUAUUUCAUAUCAAUAAAACUCUUUUGAGAAUUGUUAGCCAAAAAUAUAAUGUAAUUUGUUUUUGUUCAAUCAAAUCGAAAACGCAAUACAUCGGUAAUCGAGUAAUAAAAUUAUAUUGUUAGUUGAAAUGACUGCUGGUUGAUUACAAUAAAAAUUACUAUUAAUAUUUUUAUAUUUAUUAUAGAUGUUUGUAUUUAAAUUAUAAUGGCAUAUUAUAUCAAUUUGUUUACUUAAUCCAUAUUUGAAAAAUCACAAAAGUACACACAAUUUUAUAAAAGUAAUAAAAAUUGAUUUAAGAUAUUUUAGUAUGCAAAGAAUUUGCACAAAAUAGACCAAAUAUAAUGAAAUUGUGUUAAACAUUGAUUAUCUUAGUCAAUUUAUCAAACUUAAGUAUACAAAAUCUAUUGCAACAAUUAUCUAAUAUUGAUAAUAU